GCCCGAAUUCCAUAAGUGGCAAGGAGUCUGCUGUAAGGUCUGGGCAAAAUGGCGAGCCUUCUGCGCAUUGCUGUCAGUGGGUGCUCCGCUCCUGUUUUCGGCAGUGUCUUACCACCUAAGGUGCAUCCUGCAAAGAUGCCACGAUUGCGAAUGUUUAGAACUCACCGGAUGCUUGCGACUCAGGCAGCUCUAAAGCCAGGAAUUCCUUAUAAACAGCUGACUGUAGGUGUCCCCAAGGAGAUAUUUGAGAAUGAGAAGAGAGUGGCUCUAUCACCGGCUGGAGUUCAAGCCUUAGUCAAACAAGGCUUCAAUGUUGUGGUGGAAUCUGGUGCUGGAGAAGCUUCCAAAUUUUCUGAUGACCAUUACAGAGAAGUUGGAGCAAAGAUCCAGGGCACCAAGGAAGUCCUGGCUUCUGAUUUGGUUGUCAAAGUGAGGGCUCCUAUAUAUAACUCAGCUCUAGGUGUGCACGAGGCAGAUCUUUUUAAAGUGGCGGCUACUCUGAUUAGUUUUAUCUACCCAGCACAAAAUCCAGACCUCCUGAAAAAACUUGCAGAGAAAAAAACUACUGUCUUGGCUAUGGAUCAGGUUCCACGGAUCACCAUUGCUCAGGGAUAUGAUGCUCUUAGCUCCAUGGCCAACAUUGCUGGUUACAAGGCUGUGGUACUGGCAGCAAAUCACUUUGGUCGAUUUUUCACGGGUCAGAUCACAGCUGCUGGUAAAGUUCCUCCAGCAAAGGUCUUGAUCAUCGGAGGAGGAGUUGCCGGCCUGGCUUCUGCAGGAGCAGCUAAAUCAAUGGGUGCAGUGGUUCGUGGAUUUGAUACGAGAGCUGCAGCUCUGGAACAGUUCAAGUCUCUUGGGGCUGAGCCUUUGGAGGUAGACUUAAAGGAAUCUGGAGAGGGACAAGGUGGUUACGCUAAAGAAAUGUCCAAAGAAUUUAUUGAAGCUGAAAUGAAACUCUUUGCCAAACAGUGCCAAGAUGUUGAUAUCAUCAUCACUACAGCGCUUAUUCCAGGCAAAAAAGCUCCCAUCUUGUUUAAGAAACAUAUGAUUGAAUCAAUGAAGGAAGGUUCAGUUGUUGUGGAUUUAGCAGCAGAAGCAGGGGGAAACAUUGAGACUACAAAGCCUGGAGAAAUGUAUGUUCAUAAGGGUGUUACACACAUUGGCUAUACAGACUUGCCUAGCAGGAUGGCUACUCAGGCCAGUACUCUUUAUUCCAAUAAUGUCAUCAAACUCCUAAAGGCUAUUAGUCCUGACAAAGAGAACUUCUACUUCGAUCCAAAAGAUGAAUUUGAUUAUGGUACUCUGGAUCAUGUUAUUAGAGGAACUGUAGUAAUGAAGGAUGGCAAGGUGAUCUUCCCAGCACCUCCACCAAAUAAUAUUCCUCAAGGAGGCCCUGUGAAGCAGAAGACUGUAGCAGAGCUGGAAGCGGAAAAAGCAGCUACUAUUACACCUUUUAGAAAAACUAUGACUACUGCAUCUGUAUACACAGCAGGUUUGGCUAGCAUGUUAGGGCUGGGCAUUGUAGCACCUACUUCUGCUUUCACACAAAUGGUGACAACAUUUGGCCUAGCUGGAAUAGUGGGGUACCAUACAGUGUGGGGUGUGACUCCCGCUCUUCACUCUCCACUCAUGUCAGUGACUAAUGCUAUCUCAGGACUAACUGCAGUUGGUGGGCUGGCAUUGAUGGGAGGACACUAUCUCCCUGAAAAUGCUCCUCAAAGCCUUGCAGUGCUUUCAGCCUUUAUCUCUUCAGUCAAUAUUGCAGGUGGGUUUCUAGUUACACAGAGAAUGCUGGAUAUGUUCAAACGUCCCACAGAUCCUCCUGAGUACAACUACUUGUACCUACUUCCUGGUGGUGUAUUUGUAGGAGGCUAUGUGGCUGCUCUUAACGGUGGCUAUCAUAUUGAACAGAUGAUGUAUUUAGGCUCAGGCUUAUGCUGUGUUGGUGCCCUGGCUGGUCUGUCCACCCAAGGAACAGCUCGUCUUGGAAAUGCUUUGGGUAUGAUUGGUGUUGCAGGAGGCUUAGCAGCAACUCUUGGAUGCCUUAAACCCUCACCUGAAUUGUUGGCGCAGAUGUCGGGUGCACUGGCACUUGGUGGUACCAUAGGUUUGACGAUUGCUAAACGCAUCCAGAUUACAGAUCUGCCUCAGCUAGUGGCUGCUUUCCAUAGUUUGGUUGGUUUGGCUGCGGUGCUCACCUGUAUUGCAGAAUACAUGAUUGAAUAUCCUCACUUUGCUACUGAUCCAGCUGCAGACCUCACCAGGAUUGUGGCAUACCUUGGCACGUACAUUGGUGGAGUGACUUUUAGUGGCUCUCUUGUUGCUUAUGGAAAACUGCAAGGUAUCCUGAAUUCUGCGCCACUGCUCUUGCCAGGUCGACAUGCAUUGAAUGCAGGAUUGCUGGCUGCCAGCGCUGGUGGAAUGAUUCCAUACAUGAUUGAUCCUAGUUACACUAUGGGCGUGACUUGCUUAGGUUCUGUGUCAGCUCUCUCAGCCAUAAUGGGUGUCACUUUAACAGCAGCUAUUGGAGGUGCUGACAUGCCUGUAGUUAUUACUGUCCUCAACAGUUAUUCUGGAUGGGCUUUGUGUGCUGAGGGCUUCCUACUGAACAACAACUUGCUGACCAUUGUUGGUGCACUCAUUGGCUCUUCUGGUGCCAUCCUAUCUUACAUCAUGUGUGUGGCUAUGAACCGUUCCCUUUCAAAUGUGAUUCUAGGAGGCUAUGGCACCACGUCAACAGCUGGUGGGAAGCCCAUGGAAAUUACUGGAACCCACACAGAAAUCAAUGUGGAAAACGCAGUUGAAAUGAUAAAGGAAGCCAAUAAUAUUAUUAUUACUCCAGGUUAUGGUUUGUGUGCAGCAAAAGCUCAGUAUCCCAUAGCUGAUCUGGUGAAGAUGUUGAGAGAACAAGGGAAAAAUGUAAGGUUUGGUAUUCACCCUGUGGCUGGUCGUAUGCCUGGUCAGCUGAACGUACUCCUAGCAGAGGCUGGUGUUCCCUAUGAUAUUGUACUGGAAAUGGAUGAGAUCAACAAUGACUUCCCAGAAACUGACUUGGUCCUUGUAAUUGGUGCAAAUGAUACAGUUAAUUCAGCAGCUCAGGAAGAUCCAAACUCUAUCAUUGCUGGAAUGCCAGUUCUUGAAGUCUGGAAGUCCAAACAGGUCGUUGUAAUGAAGAGGUCUUUGGGAGUUGGUUAUGCAGCGGUGGACAAUCCAAUCUUCUACAAACCUAAUACUGCCAUGUUGUUGGGAGAUGCUAAGAAGACUUGUGAUGCCCUGCAGGCCAAAGUCAGGGAAUUGUAUCAAAAUUAAAUAUUGAUUUGUAUUCCACUCAUGAUUGCAAUUAAAGUUUUGUCACAGAGGUCAUGGAAAAAGAGA